CCACCCAACUUUUCCAUCACUCCCAUUUGUGCUUUUUUUUUUUUUUGUUCGGGAGAGACAAUAAAAAGGCCAGGGACUCAGAAGCUGAGAGGCUGUCUGUGGAGCCAGGCUGAUCAAGACAGCGAGAUGGAUCAAUUCAAAAGGAGGUUUUUUCCAGGGAAGAAGAAAUCAAGGUGGGAAGGAGCAGAAGCAUAUAACGAGCUCCAAGAGAUCUGCUCAAUGGCGACCCGAGAGCACUCGAGCAGACAGAACAAAACCAAAUCGAAGAUGCAGUUUUUAAAGAAAGGUUCCCGCAGUAAGGAGGAGCACCACGCCCCUGCUGUGUGUCAGGAAGAACUUUCUAAAGACAUCUCACAGUUGGUCCAAGAGGGCCGGUUCCUGGAAGCCUGCAAGACCAUCUCACGGUCGGCAGCGGAAAAGCAGGACUGUGGCUCCCAGUACCAGGCCGUGGCCCAGGGCAUGUGGCAGGUCGUCCAGGAGGCCCUGUCAGGCAGCGGGAGGAGCCGGCAGCUGCAGCCAAAGCUCCAGUCGGUGAUGGCAGCUGUGAACUGGGCCAAGAACUUCGAGGGACCAAAGCCCAGCACCCUCCAGGGGGGUGGCCUGGAGGCCUGGGACAGUCAGCUGCAGAGCCUGCUGAGGAAGGAUGCCGAGGCCCGGCUGCCCGGCCCCGUCUCCGGGGCCGAGCUGAGCGGGUACCUGGAGGAGCUGGGCAAGGCUGUGGAACAUGUCCUGGGGCCCCAGCUGGAGGGCCGGCUGGGGGUCUGCUUCUUGGCCCUCUACAGAGUGUGCUUCCAGGAGGUCCUCUGCAGCCACCUCUCUGUGCUCCUGUCCUCCAGUGGUGAAGACCGGGAAAACUAUUACAAGCUGUACACCUGGGGCAGGGCCACCUUGUUUGGGCACAGGGAGAUGCGUCAGAAGGCACCUCCCGCCUCCAAGGAGCCCACAGCUGCCAGGAGACUCUUGGACCCAGUGAUGUUUGUUACCUGGAUGUUCCAGGUGCAGGAGAAGCUGCUGGAGCUGAUCCAGACAGAGUUGACAGACACACUAGAACGAGUCCUGAUCUAUGAUCGGAGAAGUCAGGCCGAGUCUUCCUACAAAACGUUCCUCGAAAUCUUCCAGCUGUUGAAAGAAACCAUAAUUGUGGGCCAGAACAUCGGACCACCCAUCAGCAGCCAGGUUCGAAUCAUGGUUGUGAAAACAUUUUUGGAUUUUCUGAACAGAUACCAGAAGGAGGGUGCUCCGAGCUUCAUCCAGCUGCACGCCAGUGCCGGGACCUUCCCCCAGCUGCACGUGCUGGAAAACUGCUGCAUUCUCAGGAAAACAUGGGAGGCUCUGGUCCAGGAAGGCUCGGUGCAAGGCAUCAUCAACAGCAUUGAGGUCUGGAGCCAGGACGACCUGCUGAUCAGGGUCAGAGCCCUGUUCCAGAGUCGGCUGGAGCAUCACUUUUCGACGAGGAAUGAUGGUCUGGUCCAAGCUCUGCAGUCCCUGCAGCAGGCCCUGAAGGGCUGCUCCAACAUGCACAGCACUCCCACAUACAAGGUCCUUGUGAAAAGUCUGUACACGGUGGUUUUGGGGGAGUAUGUCCAUGCCCUGGUCACCUAUCUCAAGACGCUGGAGCCUGGGGUGUGGGCGGACCAUGAGGGUCAGGUGAAGAAGGAAGUCUUGGAGCUGGACACAAUUUUCGGGGAGCGGGAGCAGGACGUGGAUGACAGAAUGCCCUGCUGGGAGACCAUCAAGGACAUCUUCCAGCUCAGACAGAACAGGAGCAGAGAGUCUCUGCAUGAAUGGCUGGCCUCCUUCAGAGACGAGUUCCCGGGUUAUGUGAGAGAGGACUGGCCACGUAGUUCCAGUGACUCGGACAAGAGAAGCUGUUGCUGUCUCCAGCUUUGGACAAGAGGAGGUGCUAGGGAUUGAACCCAAGACCUUGUGCAUGCUAGGCAGGCACUCUACCACUGAGCUAUUCCCCUCCACCAACAAUGAUUUUUAGAUGAAAAAAAUAAGUAAUUUUCUGAAACAAUAACAACAAACAAUGAUAUGGGGGUAACUGUUCUACAUUUUUUGCAAAUAUCUUGAGCUUGCUGAGAGACAGGUAGACUCUCAUAUCUGCUUCUGAGUCCAAUCAGUUGUGAUAUGUUGUUUCAGCUGAAGUGUGUGAGGAAUGUUCAGGCUCUCAUGCCCCUGGCCACUUCCCUCUUUGGGAAAAAGAGGGGUAUUUUAAUGCCUGUUUUAGGUAAUUUGGCUAUUCUUCUUUGCUAACACACCAAAACUGGACAGGAACUAGUUUGUUAAAAAUGAUCGACAGCAUGGAUCCUGAAACCAUCUUGAUGAAUUUUAUGAAAUUUGCCUGCUCUGUGAAAGUCAAGUCUAUUGGUCUGUCUCACACUUUGAAUGGCUCUUUAACCCACAUGUGCUUUUCUGACGUUAGAUGUUUAUCACGUGGCAAAUACUGGCUCAUGGAGCAGAUCUUCUAGAUGUUGACCCAUUUUAUUAUAUGUCAUCCCUAAAGAAACUUCGUUAACAUUGUCAAUCUCACCAGGAAAGUAUUUUGCUAUUGGGAGUCUUAGACUCACAGUGAGAGACACAAGUUUUCCCAAAUCCUCAUUUUGCUGGAGUGCUCAAAUUAAAAAAUAGUUUUCUCUUUCUUUAGAAAAAAAUUUUUUAAAUUGGAGUUACCGGGAAUUGAACCCAGGACCUCGUGUGUGCUAGGCAUGCACUCUACCACUGAGCUAUGCCCCCACCCAGCUGAGUGUUCAAAUUUCUAUCACUGGCAACAAAAACUUUCAGUUUACCUAUAAGUAGCCACCUUGCAUCAUUCAUUUUCAAAAAUAUGCCAAUCAACAGCUCAGACCUGAGCAGGCAGAGUCUCUGAAUUCUUAAAACAAGUGGCUAGUUCAGCUGGUAACUCACACAGGCAAAUGCACAGAUGCUUUUCCUCAGCCCCUGUCCCACACUUCGCAACAGAAGGGCUAGAGGUGGCCUUGGCAUUUCAUCCUAUAAAUGGAAAAGAUGUAUACUCAGGGUUGAGAGUUAAUAAAAAUAACCAUUUUUACUGCUGAUCAGCAUGUUUU